CACCCUUCAAACCAAACCACACCAAACCACACCCACAACUCCCUCAAUCCCCUCCAUCAAAAACAACAUGAAACUCUCCAUCCUCUCCGUCCUAACCAUCAGCCUCGCCGCCGGCGGCACGCUCGCCGCGCCCACCCAAGUCGCAGAGCGCGACCUGCCCACCAUCACCGGCGUGCUUUCGGGGAUCGGCACCAAGGUCGACGCGCUGGGGACGGCCAUCCAAGGCUAUGGCGGCGGCGACGUGGCCAAGGUGCAGCAGGCGUCGGACAACCUGGUGACGGCGAUCAACAGCGGCAACGCGCAGGUCAGCGGCACGGGGACGCUCAGCUCCGGCGACGCGCUGGGCCUCCCGGGCCCCGUCAACGACCUCAAGAACAAGAUCGCCGCCGUCAUCACCGAGCUCGACGGCAAGAAGUCUCUGAUCGUGCAGGCCGGCAAGGGCGCCCAGACCUACAAUGAUCUCACCCAGCAGAAGGCCGCCGCCAAGAAGCUGUCUGACACGAUUGUUUCCAAGGUGCCCCAGGAGCUGCAGGGGUUGGCGGGGACGGUUGCCGGGGGCAUCUCGGAUGCGAUCGAGACGGGCGUGAAGGAUUUUGCGGAUCAGGCGCCCAAGAGUCGGCGUGGGAUUGAGGGGGGCGCUGUUCUGGGUUGAGGAGUUUGAGCGUGCUGGUUACUAAGUUUGUGGGUAGUUGCUGGCCUGGUGCUGUGCAAAGGAGGGAUCUUGGUGGAGGGAUGCUGUGGAUGGAUUGGUU